CACUUUUUGCUUGCUAUCCGUUACAUUUUCCUGUUCGAGGAAGAGAGUUGAGUAGGGAAAAAGAAGAAAAUACGUUUACCGAAACCUUAAUUUUAACGCCAAAAUGGGGGCUUGUCUGGCUUUGUGCUCCAUAGCAAGUUGUGUCUCCUGUCUGUGUGGCUCAGCACCAUGCCUUCUAUGUGGCUGUUGUCCAGCUUCUAAUAAUUCCACAAUCACUCGGCUGGUUUUCUCAUUCUUUUUGCUGCUGGGAACAUUGGUAUCUGUCAUCAUGAUUCUUCCAGGAAUGGAGGCACAACUGCGCAAGCUGCCAGGAUUUUGCCAAGGAGGAACGACUGUGCCAGGGCUGGAGAACCAAGUUAACUGUGACAUCAUUGUGGGCUACAAGUCUGUGUACCGUAUGUGCUUCGCCAUGACCUGCUUCUUCUUCAUGUUUUUUGUCAUCAUGAUUCGUGUCCGCAGCAGCAAAGAUCCACGUGCAGCUCUUCAAAAUGGGUUCUGGUUCUUUAAGUUUCUCAUCCUGGUCGGGAUUACAGUGGGAGCUUUUUUCAUACCUGAUGGAACUUUUCACGAUGUGUGGUUUUACUUUGGAGCAGUGGGAUCCUUCAUCUUCAUCCUCAUCCAGCUUAUUUUGCUCAUCGACUUUGCGCACUCCUGGAAUAAAGUGUGGGUAGAAAAAGCAGAAAAUAGUGACAACAAAUGUUGGUUUGCAGGCCUCUUAUCUUUCACAAUCCUUUACUAUGCUCUGGCGAUUGCUGCUGUUGUGCUCUUCUACAUUUACUACACAAAGCCUAAUGAUUGCACUGAGCAUAAGGUCUUCAUCAGCCUCAACCUUAUCUUCUGUGCCAUCAUCUCCAUUGUCUCCAUCCUGCCCAAAAUACAGGAAGCACAGCCAUACUCUGGUCUGCUCCAGGCUUCACUCAUUUCCCUCUACACCAUGUAUGUCACAUGGUCUGCAAUGACAAACAAUCCAAAUCAGACAUGUAACCCCAGUCUGCUGAGUCUGGUGUCAAACGUCAGCUCCACUGCUGACACGAGCCCAGGUCCGGUGCAGUUGUGGGACGCUCAGAGCAUUGUUGGUUUGAUCAUCUUCCUCUUCUGCACUCUCUAUGCCAGUAUCCGUUCAUCCAAUAACACCCAGGUCAACAAACUGUUACAGACGGAGGCGGGCGGAGAGUCCGGUGGAGAGGGUGUGGUGGGGGAAGAUGGUUUACGCAGAGCUGUGGAUAAUGAGGAAGAGGGAGUCACUUACAGCUACUCCUUUUUCCACUUUCACCUCUGUCUCGCUUCACUCUAUAUCAUGAUGACUCUCACCAACUGGUACCAACCGAACACGCCCACGCAGGCCAUGAAGGGCGUGCCGGCUGUGUGGGUAAAGAUGUGCUCCAGCUGGCUGGGCCUCGGACUUUACCUUUGGACGCUCAUCGCUCCGCUCAUCUUUCCGAACAGGGAUUUCAGCUGAGCUCGCCUGGAUUUGAAGUUGUGGUCUGGCCUUGUCAAGUGAAGGAAAUAUGUUUUUCUUUUUCUGCCUUUUACCCUCUGCUAUUUUAGUUUUUCUGUUUCAUUUCACCACUAAACAGCAUAAAGGGAAUGAUUUUAUUUGCCAGUGCUUUGGCUUCACAGUUAGUCUUCUUUUUAUUGGAUUGUUAACACAACUUAGAAAUGAUGUGCAUAUUCAGUACCUCACACGGGCAACAUACAGAUUCUUUUUAUAGGCCAAUGAGAUCAGAUAUUUCUGUCUGGUCAGGUCUGGAAUUGCCCUGAUUAGCUGGACUUUUCAGCACUGGAGGCACCAGGGGUAGCCCUUCAUAGAAGCCCCAGGAAGUAGCGAGUGUGACAGCGAGAUAAGGCAGACAGACACGCCCGUCGUAUUAUAACAGGGCUUUCCUUUUGCUGCCUGCCUGCAUGCAAAUCCACGUCACUGCUCACUACUGGACCCUGACCCACAGAGUCUUGAUACUCCACUAGACUAAUCUCAGCUCUUCCUUGUUUGCUCUGCCCGAAGGUAAUUUAUUUGCGGUGCUCCGCCUUCCUGUCUGUGGCCUUGUACAGCCCACGGGCAGCAGGAAGACAUGCAUUUGCCAUCGUGCAGUGUGCUGUGGUGCAGUUCAGGAGGGGGCUGCGUGAGCGCCCCGUUACCUGUAAUCGCACAGAUUUUUAUAAGGUUUUUAAAUCCUGCAGAAUAUAUUUAAAUGGGUUUUCUUUUAAAUGUCACAGAUUUCAGAAAAAAAUGUAUUAUAUAUAAUUUUACAGCAUUUUUGAAGUUUCAUGUUUGACAUUCUCAAAGUCCCACAAUUCUAAGUGUGCAUGUAAUAAUUGUCCUGCUACAAAAGCAAUAGGCCUGACACAGCUUGUUUUAGAUGUUUGUGACAUACGUCACGGAGGUCUGCAUAUGAACUGUGCUGUUCAAAAUGCCAACAGACUGUUCAGCCAUUAUGUUAUAUCACUCAUGCUGAACUUCCUUUUGGACAGGGGGUGUGGCCAUUAGCAGCUCUUUUCCAUUUAAAGCAACAGUCAUAGAAAUGAGUCCUUUGAGACUUGAAAAUUUGAUCUUUUUUUUUUUCUAGGAUGAACCACCUCCAUGUCUGGGUUACUUUUGGCAAUAUAUUGGAUAUGUUCACUUGACACUUGCUGACCUGUAUUCGGUGGUUGUAAAGGUGUGACUCCUUUAAAUGGUGUUGACUAAACAGUAUGCUGAAGGUUGUAACAGUGCUGAUACUCUAAUUUUAUGCAUUGUUACCUCAGCGUGCAUGUUUGUGGAAUGGAUUCAAAAAUAAUCAGUAUAUUUUGCAGUACAAUCUUGUAAGAUGGUGACCCGUGUCUGUCAAUGGUCCUGAACUCAAUUUCCUAUUUCUCUUAUGAGUAUUGUGAAUGGGGUGAUAUGAUAAAUCAAAUCUUUUUAUUGACUGAAAAACAUUGUUGCUCUGCUAAGGAAAUUAUCCUUGUGCAGUUUUCAGUGGUAUAGAUCACAACACAAUAUUUCAAUAAAGUGCCUUUUUGUAGUCCAUAAUUUUAAACGGAAGGGAUUACUGUGGUUG